AUGAUAUUGGAAGAUCUGUAUUAGUAUCUGAUUGCCUGUCUACUUGGUCAAACUCUCCAAAGCCGCAAUAGCUUGUGGCGCAGGUGCUUGCGAAACCCGGCGCUCGAUGAGCGACGGGAACACUGACGGCUUACUCCUCCUCUACGUGCUGAGCUGCCCCGCACAUACAGCCAUCAGCCUACCACAAACAUCCAGAAGGAUGCAGAAACAUCUGGAAGCAUCUAGGUGCCUCAUAAUUGCUGACAAGUCUUUUCAUUCAGCUUGAACCAGGUCGCACUACGGCGGCACGGAAAGCUGCUAAGAACCGCGGGACCUGAGAUGAAACUCCCACCUAUAAAGAUACCCCUUCCCCGCCGUAUUCUGUGCAUUCCUGUCCCAGAUUAGCUGAGAGAGGAGGCGGUCUAUUCUCUGCUCUCCUCGUCAUAAAUACCGCCAUGACUCGGGAGUUCGACAUCGUUAUUGUCGGCGGCGGCACUGCCGGCCUGGUGCUGGCUGCGCGCCUCUCCGAAGACGCCAGCAUGCAGGUCCUGGUCCUUGAGGCUGGCGAAAAUCUCUCGGACGACGCUCGAGUCCAGAUCCCGGCCAUGUGGCCCCAGCUGCAGGGCACCGGGGCCGAUUGGCAGCUCAGGACCGUCCCCCAGAAAGCCCUGGGCGGCAGGGUGCUCGACAUUGCGCAGGGCCGUCUCCUCGGGGGCUCCAGUGCUCUCAACGCCAUGAACUUCGUUGUCGGCGCCAAGGAAGACCUGGACGCGUGGGCUGAACUCGGCAACCCGGGCUGGGACUGGGAGAGCUUUUCCGAAUAUCUGAAGAAAACAUACACCGUUACCCACGGGUCCAAAACCGACAACAACGGCGCCAUCCAGACCAACAUCCCCGAUGAAGAGACCAAGUGGCCCAGGGUCUGGCGGGAGACGAUGGCCAAUCUCGGAUACCCAGCGCGCAAUGACCCCUUCUCGGGCGACAUCUGUGGCGCCGUCAUGUACCCUGACGCAAUCCAUCCGCAGACCAAGACGAGAAGCUUCGCGGGCAAUGCAUACCUCGCCCCUGUACAGGACCGCCCCAAUCUGACUGUCUGGACCGGCGUCACGGUCGAGAAAAUCGUCUUCGACCAGGCGACCGACAGCGCUGCGGCAACCGGUGUGCAGUACAGCAAGGAAGGUGAGUCUGCCAUCGUCAGCGCCCGCAAAGAAGUCGUCCUCUCUGCGGGCGUCUUCCACUCGCCCAAAAUCCUGGAGAUGUCGGGUAUCGGAGAUGCAAAGCUGCUGGGGUCCCUGGGCAUCGACACUGUGGUCGACAACCCAUACGUAGGCGAGAACCUGCAGCACCAUCCCCUGAGUCUCUUCUCGUUCGAGACUGUCGAUGAUGGGGACGAGGGAUUCGACACCAUCGACGCAAUCGCCCGCCAAGAGCCCACAGCUAUCAGCACCGCCUUGGAGGUGUACACUACCAAGCAGCGUGGCCCCUUCUCCACAACCAACUGCAACGCCAUGGCACACAUCCCGUUCCCCGGCAUCGACACGGACAGCGGGAGGCGCGAGGUAGAGGAGCUCCUGCAGAAGACCCUGUCGUCGCCGCCCACAGCCACAACAGAACCAGAACCCAAGACCACCCAAGCCUACACCAAGGCUGCCGAAUCCCUCGUCCGCUCCGUCCUCAUGUCGCCGACCAAGGCAUCAGGCUACUACGUCGCCAUCCCAGUGUAUGCCCACGCCGGCCCAACAGGUCGUCUCGUUCCCGUCGCCAGCGGCAGUUCGGAGAAGUACUUCGGAAUCGCGCUGCUGCUCACUCGACCCCUCUCCCGCGGCUCGGUACACCUCAGCCGGGCCGGGCCAGACAAACCACUACCACUAGCCAUCAACCCCAACUACCUCACCCACCCCCUCGACAUCGAGAUCCUGGCCCGGCACGUCCGCUUCCUCGAGUCCACCCUAGCCCGGACGGAGCCGCUGGCAAGUCGGCUCAAAGGUGAGGGCGGCAGGACGGCGCCGCCGGGCUGGCCGCGCGGGUUCUCGGCAGACCUGGAGCAGGUGCGGCAGUUCCUGCGGGAGACGGCGGUCGCGUCGACGCUGUACACGAGCACGUGCUCCAUGAUGCCGCGUGAGAUGGGCGGCGUGGUAGACGAGCGGCUGCGGGUGUAUGGCACGCGCAACGUGCGGGUCGUGGAUGCCAGCGUCAUGCCGUUCAUCACGCGGGGGGAUACCAUGGCGACCGUGUAUGCGAUUGCCGAGAAGGCGGCCGAUAUGAUUAAGCAGGGCUUGUGAGAGAGUUUGGGGGUGUCGGUGGCUGGUUAUGAGUCGGUGGGAGCGCACUGCUUUGGGAAAGGAAGUUGUGAAAAAU